CAGUGCCAAAAAUUCAUGUAAAGUGAUGGUGUGAAGCAAGAUUCCUUUAUCCUUAAAAUCUUCCGAAAAAGAAGUCGCAGAGUUUACUGCUGUGGACAAGAUGUAACUUUACCUGUAAGAAUAUUAUUUAACGUUCAGGGAGUUGAAUAGUAUAAUUUAUAGUAAUUACUAUUCGGGGUAAGAUGGCAGAGGAAGGCAAGAAAGUGUCUUUCGGAUUUUCAAAGUCGUUAAAGAAACCUACUCUGAAAAAUGUUCCGCUUCCCGAAGAGAAAAAAGUCGAUUACAUCGAAUGUCUGGACGAAAAGUCUAUCAAGGUUUUCGGAGAGGAAGAAAAGAAAGAUGAGCCUCUUGUAAUUCCUAUGCUGGGACCAAAGACGUGGCAUGACAGAAUUAUUAACAAAGUAGAUGCCGACAUCUUUGAAACUAAAGAAAAAUUGAGCGAAAAUGAUGCAUCACGGAUUAAAGAUGAGAAGAAAACUGAAAACAUCACUGACAAUGGGGUUCUUUUGAAUAAAUGUAACCUGCCAUCGACGGAACGUAUUGAAAUUAAAAUGGAAAUAGAUGACGAUGUUAAAGAACCAACUAAAACUUUAGAGGAACAAGCUGCAAAGGAGAUUAUCGAAGAGCUUACAACUGCUGAAGUUAAGGUGGAAAACAAUAUCGACGUGGCAUUACCUGUUCCACAAAAUGAAUCUCUGCUUGGUCAGGAAGAGUCCACGCUAGAAGAUUACGAGCAAAUUCCCAUUGAUAAGUUUGGCGUAGCAAUGCUGCGAGGAAUGGGAUGGCAACCUGGGAAGGGCAUUGGGAGAAAUGAAAAAGUCGUCGCAGCAACAAUACCCGAAUUACGGCCAAAAGGUAUGGGGCUAGGUGCAGACAAAGUAACGUUGCAAAAACAAAAAGAAGUCAAAAGGAAAGAUGAAGAACAGUUGAAACUAGUGAAGGGAGCUUUCGUGAAAAUUAUUGCUGGAAAAUACAACAAUAAUUAUGGAGAAAUUGAAGGAUUGGAUGAUGACGCCGGAAGAUUAAUAGUCAAAUUAGCCCUUGGGGGAAACAUUGUUUCCCUUAAUGAAUUCAUGGUUCAAGCAGUAACAAAGGACGAAUACUCAAAAAAUGCUAAAGUUUUAAAUUCAUCAUCGUACGAAAAGUACAAAGACAAACACUUGAACGACCAAAAACCAGAAGACACUCGUCAGGAAUCAAAUGACAGGGACCUAAAAAAUAUGAGUUCAGACGAGAACAACGAUAAACUUAGGAAUAAAAGCAAGAAAUCUAAAAGUUCAAAAAAACGAUCAAAAUCAAAAAAGCGGAGAAAGCACUCUUCCAGUGAAGACAGCAGUUUAGACCGAAAGUCAAGGAAACGAAAAGAUACCAGCGAUAGUGACAGUGAUCGAAAAUCGAAGAAAUCAAAGAAGUCAAAAAAGCACAAAAGGCAAGAUAGUUCUUCUGAACGUGCGAGCAGAAAAAGUAGAAAGAAAGACAAGGAACGAGAAAGGAGAAAAGACCGAAGCAGUCACCGAAUAUCUGGAUGUAAAAAAUCGUAAAUUAUAGAAACCCCGAUCUCAGUUAUCCAUGAGAUGACGAUGAUAAAUAUUAGACAAAGUUUUAAGGUUUGACUCCAUUGUACAAUUUCGUUUAUACAAUUUUGUAAUAAAACUUAUUUUUUCUUACUA